UGUUGGCCUCUGAAGGUUGGCGCUUUUUUAGUUUUUGCUUAUGCGGUCUUUCUUUAGGUUGUUCAACUACAAACUAUCUAUUUAAAGACCUGUAACACUGUGAAUAGUCGACAAAUCCUUCAAACGAACUCUCCGAAAUGUCGAAACGCAGAGACCCAAACAAGCCUCGAGGGAAAAUGAGUGCCUACAAUAUUUUUGUCAAGGAAGAAACUGAGGCAAUGAAGAAAUCACAAAACGAAGCUGCAGGCGACAGUUUUGAGACAAAUGAGGCUAAAAUAGUUCGGCAAGCGUUUAUCCCAGCCUGUGCAGAAAAGUGGAAGAAGUUAACGGAAGGGGAGAAGCAACGUUUCGUGGAGGCCGCAGAGAAGGACAAGAUAAGGUAUAACAACGAAAUGGCUAACUACACACCACCGCCGAAAUACGAAGGUAGUGAGAGGAAAACUCGAAAGCAAAAGAAGAUAAAGGACCCAAAUCAACCCAAGAAAUGGAUGUCUUCCUUUAUGUUUUUCUGCCAAGAAAAACGCACUGCUAUGAGAGAAGAAAAUCCCGAAAUGACACUUUCGGCGAAGAUGCUGGGUGAAAUGUGGGCUAAGAUGGAGGAAAAAGAGAAGGAAAAGUUCGAAAAAAUGGCAAGGGAGGAUAGAGAGCGAUAUGAAGAGGAGAUGAAAGUUUUUAGAAAGGGAGACUUUGUAGUUCCUAGUACAAGUCAGAUGGCAAUCGAAGCCGAGGAAUAAUUUGCAAGCAGCAGAGCUAUUCGAUGGAGGCCGAGUUAUUUGUGUUUCAUCAGUUGUUUAUUCGUGAUACUUUAGCGAUUACGCUGGGAUUAAACCACGAAAACUGACAAAUCGGUUUUAGAAUUGUAAAAAUUUAGAUUGUUUCUGUUGUUUAUAGAAGGAAAUAUUUUUAGUAUUGGCAGUUAUAUUUACCUAAGCUGGCAGUAUAAUUGAUAUUUUUAUGAUGACUGCUUUGCGAGACAGAUUAAUAAUAUUACGACAAUUUUACACAUGGUUACAUGCAUGUUUUCCAAGCCAUCCCAAAUGUUUUUAGGAGGACAGAAUUGCGUGUUUUUAACGUUCAAGAAACUAAAUGAGAUGGAUGCUAUAACAAUGCAGUUGAUUUUGGUCUUAAAAUAAACAACCACGGAACGAGCAAAAUUUGUUUGAAAGUAUGUUAUGACUUUCUCUGGGCAGACUCGAGAGGAACUAUCCUUUAAUUUGCUCUUCCAGAGAACACAUUUCGCACAAGGACAGGCUAAAUAAUUAACUAAUCGACUGUUAAGAAUAAGUUUUUCUCUCGUGCAGAAUACGUUGGGGCGUUUCCUACAGUAAUCGAACUCUUUCUUCUUGUGCGCUGUCUACCAGAAAGAACUCCUCCAAAAAACGCUGGACCAUUUUUACGUCCAAAAGAUUCUUGUCCUUGCGAUUUAAAACCAUUAUUCGUCUCCUCAUAAAUGCUAAAUCAUCGCAUGUACUAAUCUGGACCACAGUGUACUCCAUCCAUGCUCUACGACACAGCCGGACUACUUGAUCUCACUUCGAUUACACGCGUCUUUUUAGAUUUCGUUCCGCAGUUAAAUAGUCGUGACAAGACAAAAUACCCUCUUCCAUUCUCGGCCUUUCCCUCACCGGCAUAUUCCGAAUUUUUGUUCGCAGGGCUCCGCGCACCUUCCAAAUCACCAGGCUUGAGGACUUUCACUCGAGUUUUAGUACUGCAAGACAUCUCGAUGACGAGAAUUCUUCGAUGUCAUCUACAUAGUUUCUGACGCGCGCGCCUGCAUGCACUCUCUGCCGUUACCACGCAAG